ACGGGAUAAAAGAAAAACAUCACCGCCGCCCUUGCCGCCUACUGACACUUCUACCUCCACCAUCACCACCGCCGUCACACCAUUGCCACUUCCGUCUACAGAAUUUAUGCUAACUAAGAGUACGAUCAAUCCAUAUUUCUCUGCAAUAAUUCCAUCAAACCCAAAUGCCGGUCGCCACGGCCGACUUAGCCUCAAAUUCUCCCCAAGAACUCAUCAUCCCAGUUCUCUCACGACUCCCGGCAAAAUCGGUCGGCAAAUGCAGGUGCGUUUGGAAGCUAUGGCGCUCUCUACUUUCUGACCCACUUUUCAUCAAAGCCCACCUCGUUUCCCACCUCCAUCUCUAUUUCCCGUACACCCUCCCUCUUCCUAUUUAUCACUCAAAAGCUCGCCCUUUUGGAGAAUCAAUUGCUUUUGAAGGAUUAAACCCCUCAUCUGUGUAUUUGAUGAACCCCACUAUCAGGGAGCUUGUGAAAUUUCGACAUAGUUCAUUGGUUAGGGAUGCUGCAGAAACCAUAACUAGAUAUGGUUUCGGUUAUGGUAGUUCUAAUGAUGACUACAAAAUCGUUACGCUGUCUUACGAUUGGCGAGUUGUCGAAACAGAGAGUUAUCCUGCCUUUGUUGAUGUUUUAGUUGGGGGAUUGGAAUGUGGAAGAGGAUUGGUUGUUUUCCUUAUGUUUCUAGUUCGCAUUUUGGGGUUUGAUAAAAAGUGUGUUCUAAUUGCUUUGGAUACGAGCUGCAAGAAAUUUAAGCAACUGCCAUGGCCUGAUACUGAUCAUACUUCUCAUAAGUGUGGCAGCGAGCUUGUAGCUCUUGGCGGAUGUCUAGGAAUGGUUGUGGUACAAUCUAGUCACCGUAUGGAUGUUUGGAUGAUGAUGGAGUACGGUGUUGGAGAAUUUUGGACCAAAUUUAUUGUUACUACACCUGAAAAUGUAUAUGCAUGGGGAUCUAUAUGACUGCUGGGGAGUGAUGAUGUCAUUUUACAGAUGGGUGGUAAGAACCUUGUUGUGAAGAAUUUGAGAGAGAGAACUAUGAGGGAUAUGGUAAUUGCUGGCAUUCAAGACAAGUUUAGAAGAGGAGCAAUAGGCUUUUCGGAGAGCCUUGUGUUGCCUAUUUUCAGCAGUCAGAAAUGGAGAGCGAAAUUACCCUGACGAUGUCUUUGAAAAUUGAUGGUAGUGGAGCCGUUUUAGGUAUUGCAUGGAGGGUGUCAGCAUUGAUAGGCGAGGGACUGGCGAGCCUGGGAGACGCAGGAUUGCUGGAAUUCAACUCAGCAUUAGCCAUCUCAAUAGUGCAAAGAUUCGUGACUUGGUUCUUGCUGAGGCAACCUCUAUCAGUGUUGGCAAAACUAUUCAGGUGAUAUCGAACGUUGGUGAGCCACAAUAUGACUCUUGCCUGCCUGGAAUCCAAAAGGGAUACUCUAUGUUCAAUCCAUUCCCACAGUUCUGAGGUACUCGAUCUUUUCCUUGACAAUUUGUCUAACAAACAUCUUAGUGCUAGUUUCAGUUGUGAUAUGUCAACUUCAAGCAUUAGACUUGGACCACUGCACAAGCUAGUUGACACUAAAGAUUUGGAUGACGAGUGCAUACCAUUUCUAUUUUGGUUGCUGGUGCUGUUACGCAGCAAAUCGAAUUAGUGAUCUCUGCAAUAGCAGGCAAAUGAGUUGGAACAAGUGUUAUACCCGCACUGGCCACCUGAGUUAGCGCAAUUUCUGCAGAAUGUAUUAUUUGCUUUAUAUUGCAAAGGAAAGACAGCAGUAAGCGUAGCUCUUAAACCCGCAGUAUUGAAUAGAAUCGAAACUGCAACCUGAUUAAUAGGAACCCUGACGGUAUCAGUACAUGUAUUCAAAAACGGCAGCUGGCUUAUGUUAGUUUUGGCUCCUCUACUUGUCAGGAAAAAACUGGCAGUUGGUGUGGUAUUAUUGAUGGUGCAAGGAAACUGAUUUGGCUGUUGAGGGAUCAGGGAUGUUGGCAAGGAAAGGUGCAUUUAUAGAACAGAGUGAUUUUAUCGACAUUGUUGGGGUAACUGAAGAUGUUGAAAUUCCAGGUGGUGUUAUGGAGAUAUUGAGGACAAUUAUUAGCCCACAGAUCGUCUCUGGCAACAGCAAGAGUAUGAGCUGAGGCAUCUACAGAGGAGAGGAUUCAGUAUGCAACGCGGCUAACUGUAAACCGAGAGAUAUUGAGGACAAUUAUUAGCCCACAGAUCGUCUCUGGCAACAGUAAGAGUAUGAGCUGAGGCAUCUACAGAGGAGAGGAUUCAGUAUGCAACGGGGCUAACUGUAAACCGAGAGAUAUUUCCUUCGCAGCUUAGAUUGAAACCUGGAUAAACACAACCCCCAACCCAGAAUGGAUAAGUAAAGUCAAUAUUUCCACACCGAAACGACUUGCUGCAGGUUACAAAUUGUUGAUCCUGGCUGAAAGAUUUUGGGAUGUCAAUUAAAGUAAAGCUGGUGAUUAUCAGAAAGAACAAAAGGUUUGGAAAGCGAUCCUUGAAAUGCAUUGUUAUACGGAGAGAAAAGAAGAGUAGGAAAAGUUUGCAAGUAGGAAAUGUUCUUCCCUGUUCAUUUGCUGGGAGUAGAUCAGCACAAAGAGGAGAAUUUCACUAGAUAUUUCAUUAAAGUCAUUUAAGCUUGACAUAAGAUGAGGCUGUCUGUUUGGAUAAAUUUUUGAGAUGAAUAGAAGCUUUUGUUGGAAUGAAAAAGUGGCUUGACUUGGUCUAAACUAAUCCAAGAACCUGUAGUUACAAAUGGUGGUCUUUUUGCACUUGGGUUACGGUCAAGGGCAGCAAGUUUUGGUAAGUCAAGGCUUUCCAGUCCUUGGACAGUAUCAAUGACAACAACUACUUCAGC